GAAGGCAAAGCAAACAAAGGAAACGACACUAAUGGCGGCAAGCAGAAGGGAUCUAGAAAAGAUGCCAAUAUGUCCGAUAUGUUUGGAAACAUUUCGGAAACCUGUAAUGUUACCUUGUCAGCACAGCCUCUGCAGGGAAUGCAUUGGUCUGUACGCUGACAAGUGUAAAUCCGGACAGACAGAUGAGGCCUAUAGCAGCACGGGGAGUGAGGACGUUCCUCAAGUGAUACCGUGCCCUGUUUGUCGGGCUCCAACCAGUUUGGGGAGAGAAGGUGUGGCCGGUCUGCCCGUCAACCAUCAAGUGGCAGAACUUGUGGGUAGUUUCGCUUCCGACUUGAGGGUUGAUGAUAACAUCCCGUGUUGCUCUGUGUGUGAAGAGGAAAAUAAGCCGAGAGCCGUCAAGUUUUGUUCCACCUGUUGUUUACUAUAUUGUAAAGAUUGUCUGUCGUCUUGUCAUCCACUGAAGGGUGGUUUUAAACGUCACCGCUUAAUGUCGGUACAGGAAUACAUGUCACAGGAAACUUCAGAGGGUAGACAGCAAACAGAUACUCAACCAGAUCCCGACCUGACAUGUGGAAGACACAGUCAACCACUGACCGUAUACUGUGUCACAUGUGAAGAUGUACUUUGUGUGGGAUGUCUGGGUGAACACCCUCUUCAUAGAACCAGAGACAUCCAGUCUGCCUGUAAGGAAGAUAAGGCGUCGGUUACGACGAAAUCUGGCCAACUAGAAACAAUUAAAGCUGAAUUGGAACAGAUUCUGUCUGAAAUGAAGGGUUUGCUGAAUAAUAUUCAGGAAAACCAAAACUUACAUUUGGAGGACAUCGAGAAGGCGUACCGUGCAGCUCUGGAUGUCUUGAAAGCUUGGAGGAAUGACUCAAUAGAGGCAGUGAAAAGUCGACACACAGAAUGGAGCGUUCAUUGUGCUGCAGCUGUAAAGCAUCUUGAGGUGGAGGAGGAGGAAGUGAGAAAGGCGCAGCAGACCUCUCAAGAUUUGUUGUCCUCAAUCAACGCGCAGAUUUUAAAGGGAUCGAAGCAGCUAUCCAGAAGGAUUGACGACCAGUUAGCUCAGAUCAAAGCUUCGAUGAAGAAACAGGAAGAAAUAAAACGGGCACUACUGAAAUCUUUAACCAGUUAUCCCGUUGAUCCCAGACGCAUGAUUGUAAGAGAGAAAGCCGUAGAGCAGCGGGUUUGGAGACGUCUAGAUAUCACAAAGCCGAUGCUGACAUUCACGAAGACAGAUGACGAAAGACUAAGGAUAACUGAGAACGGCUCCAUGAUAGAGUCUGGGAACUUGUAUCCUGGAUUGGGAUGUGCAGCUGUGACAGACGGUUGUUACCAGACGGGCAGGUACUACUGGGAGUUGGAGAUUACAGUCCUCUCGGUUUCACAUGCCUUACCCUGUUGGUGUGGCGUAGGUGUUGUACAACAGAGUUUUGGUAUAAGGGGGAUUAAAAACCCUGGCCAUAACAGCUGGUGUAUUGUGAUGAGGUGCUAUAGUGAUGAGGUCUGGUAUAAUAGUUACUAUGGUGGUGAGAUCAAACCUGGCUAUCUACAGGACAGACAUUACACACGACCUCAUCACCUCGGUCUGUACCUGGACUGUAAUGACCGGUCAUUGACAGUUCUAGACUGUUACAACGACCAGGUAAUAGGCACUGUCAGUGGUCUAAAUCUGUCACAGCCACUCGUUCCGUAUGUUGAGUUUCACUGGGUAAAAUCCGCUUCUGUUCGUCUGGUAACAGGAGACUCUGAGACUUUACCCAAAGCCCUCACGGACAUGCUGAAUACCUGCUGACCAGGGAUCAUAGUGUGGGGUUUUGAUUUUGUUUUGUUUUUUUAUUAUUUUUUUUUACAAUGCUACUUUCAUGAAAAUGUGGUGUAACAAUUUCAAAUUAGUUAAGGAAACAAUGUUCCACUUGUGACUCAACACUGGAUGAAGCAAGUGGCUUCCGCUACAUGUACGUGUAAAUGGUCAGUGACCACGUGUAAAAUUGUCACAAUGAAUUUAUUAAAUGUCACAGAGAUAUUGUCAAACCGGUGUGUAUUUAACGAGUCCGACGUUAAAAUAUAUACAUUUACUCCGUUUACCAAGGGAGGUGUUAUGAAUUAUGAGAGGUGUUUCUGAGAGGGAAAAGCAGGUUUUCAGAACUGACAAGUGAAAUGAACAUUUUGACGACAAUUUAUGUUCCAUGAUGACGUGUUGUGUAAGGUAAGGAGGGUCUAUGGAAGUGUUUAGAACUGACAAGUGAAAUGAACAUUCUGACGACAGUCUGUGUUCCACGAUGACGUGUCGUUUGUGGUAAGGAGGGUCUAUGGGGGUAUUCAGAACUGACAAGUGAAAUGAACAUUUUGACGACAGUCUGUGUUCUAUGAUAACGCGUCGUGUGUGGUAAGGGGGAUCUGCGGAGGAUUUCAGAACUGACAAGUGAAAUGGACAUUCUGACGACAGUCCUGUGUUCUAUGAUGACAUGUCGUGUGCAGAUAUACAAGAUGGCGUUUGUUUUAGUGAUCUAGUCAAGGCAGUGGGAAGAUAUUGUUGCUUUCUGUUUUGACUAGGAGUGUUCGUAACCACGGGUGAUCAGCGGACAUCCAUCCUACAUUCGUCAUAUUCCGUAGAAGUGUGUAUGUUUGUGCGAAUCUCGUGUUAAAACAUGUCAAGUUCUUGGGGUUGAGAAAUUUAAGUAGUUAUGAUUACAAACCUCAUGUGAGAAGUUCUACCUUACAUGUAGGCCUACUUGUUCUCUCCAGCUUGGCAAAGGAAAUUUAGCAGAGUAAAUUUAUUCGAUAAAUAUUUGUGUUAAGUAUCGAAAACACUAUAUGUUCCGUCUGGAAAAUCCCUGUGGAAUGUAGAUCUUCAUUUGAGUUCAUCAGCUGUAGUUUGCUUAUCCGGAUGUAAGGCUUAUUUGUGGUGAGUAUCGUUAUCCGACAGGCGACGGUUGUGACGAAAUCUUGGUUGACGGCUGAUAUACAAAUAUCUGUUUCGACGCAUAAAUUGUGAAUAUUUCACUUAUACGAGCCAGCGCUUUGGUGGUAGGAAACCAAGGGAGAAAAGCCACACUUCAGAUGAAACCUGAUACAGCCACAAUAGCCAAAGCCAACUGGUCGUAUUUCGCUACCAAGGAGCUACAUUAUUAAGAGCCCCUUGCGAAUUCUUGAUGCGUGAGCUUGUUUGUGUGUGUAUAUUACUUGUAGACACGAUUUGUGAAAACGUAUUUGAGGUAGGACUACCAGAUUUUGUACGUAUGGCUUACGUGUAUAUUCUUGGCUUUGUGGACAUUAAAUUAUUCAAUUUUGAAGUGAGGGCCAUUAGUUUUCCUAUUUCUUUCUUAAUUUUACGUAUUUCGGUCCUCGUUUUUCACCCAGAAAUGUGUUGUUGACAGGAUUUCUUUAAAACAGUGGACAUGACCUGAAUAAAUUGUUAACGUGGGGUCCUUAUCGUUUCGAUUUGUUUUUUCAUUUUACAUAUUUUUCUGCAAAAGUACUGCUGUUUUAAUAGUUUUGGCUCUUCGAGGUUUAACCACACCCUCGCUGGAAGGAACUGUCAGGGUAACAACAUGCUGCCGACACUGAAGUAUGAUGCCGAGGAC